AUGAGGACCGUCCAGGCUGUGUUCAUCUUUUGUCUUAGUGUAGCACUGGCAGCGCCAAAUCUGGACCCACAGCUGGAUGAGCACUGGGAGCAGUGGAAGAGCUGGCACAACAAAAAUUACCACACACAAGAGGAGGGCUGGAGACGGAUGAUUUGGGAGAAGAACCUGGGAAAGAUUGAGUUGCAUAACCUAGAGCACUCCCUGGGCAAACACACUUACCGACUGGGAAUGAAUCACUAUGGUGACAUGACCAAUGAGGAGUUUAGACAGGUUAUGAAUGGCUUCCAGCACAAGAAGGCAAGGAAGGUCAAGGGAUCGUUCUUCAUGGAGCCCAACUUUAUGAAUGUGCCAAAGAAGUUGGACUGGAGAGAGAAAGGUUGUGUCACACCUGUGAAAGACCAGGGUGAAUGUGGAUCCUGCUGGGCUUUCAGUACCACAGGGGCUCUGGAGGGGCAGGUCUUCAAGAAAACAGGUCAGCUGAUAUCACUUAGUGAGCAGAACCUAGUGGACUGUUCCCGUCCUGAGGGUAAUGAGGGGUGUGACGGGGGACUUAUGGACCAGGCUUUCCAGUACAUCAAGGACAAUGGUGGUCUGGAUUCAGAGGAAUCCUACCCCUACCUUGGAACUGAUGACCAGCCCUGUCGUUAUGAUCCCAAGUAUAACUCGGCCAAUGACUCAGGCUUUGUGGACCUCCCCAGUGGAAGUGAGCAUGCACUGAUGAAGGCAGUAGCUGCUGUGGGACCAGUAUCUGUAGGCAUUGAUGCAGGGCACGAGUCCUUCCAGUUCUAUCAGUCAGGGAUUUACUAUGAGGAAGAAUGCAGCAGUGAGGAGCUGAACCAUGGAGUACUGCUGGUGGGAUAUGGGUACAAAGAUCGGGAGGUGGAUGGCAAGAAAUACUGGAUUGUGAAGAACAGCUGGAGUGAGAACUGGGGAGAUAAAGGCUAUAUCUACAUGGCAAAGGACAGGAAGAACAACUGUGGCAUUGCCACAGCCGCAAGCUACCCUCUGAUGUAGAGCAAAAGAGAAAUUAUCUUUGACAACAAACACACCCCUAUCACACAUGGCACUCUGGGUUCCAGACCACAAAUGCACUGAUGGGACCAAAAGGGCAAUGUGUAUGGAGUAGGUUUAUGGGACAAGGGCCAUGUGAGUUGCAUAGUCUGAUGAUGAGUUUGAGCCUACACAGGUUGUCAUAGGAGUUUUAAGAGACCCUGGUAUGGAGAGCACAUUCAGCCGCUUGUCUUUACACUGAUUCUGCUGAUUUCUGUAUGUUAUUCUUGUAAAUAUU